AUGGAAGAAAAGACGAAGAAGAAUUACCAUUCGACAUUCAUCAGAUACUGGUAUAUCUUCACCUCGGGAUUCUUAUCCUUUUGGUUCGUAGCUAUAUUAUUCAUCUGUGGGAUCUUUUAUCAUUUACGGAAGUUGUUUCGAGGAGAGAAAGAUUCUAGUUUACCCGAAACUGAAGACAGUAGUGAAUGUUUCCCAGAUAUCAAAAAUAUGAAGAUCACUGAUGAUUUGAAGUAUUAUGCCAAACAAUUGAGUCUAGAUCUUGAAGAAUUCAAGGUCACCACUGAUGAUGGAUAUAUUUUAAUACUAUUCAGGUUAAAGGACCCUGAAGUAACAGAUGAAAAGAGAGAUCAAUUGAAACCUAUUUUACUCCAACAUGGAUUAUUGUCAUCUGCUGGUGCUUUCCUCACUCCUGGAACCCGUUCAUUACCUUAUUACCUUGUUAAAAACGGAUAUGAUGUGUGGUUAGGUAACAAUCGAUCUGGGUUUAAACCUUUGCAUAGCACUAUAAAAGGUAACUUAAUGCAUAGCGAGGAAUAUUGGGAUUGGGAUAUAAACAACUUGGCCUUGUAUGACAUUCCGUGCUUGAUUAAUAACGUACUUUCCAGAUCCAAACUGAAGAAACUUAUUCUUCUUGGUCACCUGCAAGGGUGUACUCAAAGUUUUUUAAUGUUGAAAAAUCCUGAAAUGUCCCAUAUUCACGAAAAGAUCGAAUGGUUUAUUGGGUUAGCUCCUGCUAUCUUUCCAGGAAUUUUAUUCCAUAAAAGAAAAUUCAUCCAAUUCAUGGGUAAUAGGUCACCUGUUAUGUAUAAUGUAUUCUUCGGAGUAUGUGCAUUCCUUAAUAGUCUCGUUAAAGCUAGAAACUUGAUCCACAGUUGGAAGUUAUAUGGAGUACUAUCUACAUUAAUGUUCCAUUAUUUAUUCGAAUGGAGUGGGAAGAAAUGGAAUAAAAAUAAAAAAAUCUGGCAUAUGCAUUUCAUUUUUAACGUAUCCUUUGUUUCAUCUAAAUUAUUCACUUGGUGGACAAGUCAAUUUCGUCCUGAUUCUUUCAGAAAUCAAUUAGUACUGAAGAAGACAUUCAAAUUAGGUCACAAUAGUAGAAUAAUGGACGAUGCUGAAUUCAAUGUUGAUGACUCCCAAACGUUCUUUCCCUUCAAGCAACAAUGGUUCACAGACUCCGUUGUUCCUAUGAUAAUUUUCAACGGAGAUGUAGAUAACCUUGUUGACCCUCAUAGACUCAAAACUCACAUGGAGAAUUUUGAACCACUGUAUAAAUCAGGAGAGACAUUGCAUAUUUUCCAAGUUGAUGAUUAUAAUCAUCUCGAUGUCAUCUGGGCUGAUGAUUUGAUAAAACAAAUAGGUGAAAAAUUGUUACCCAUACUCAAAGACAUUGUAUAA